AGUUGCAGUGCGAGCAGGAGGGAGAGAAACGCAGGUACAGGUACAACAGCAGCAGCAGCAGCAGCAGCACUUCAGCCAAACAGCAUCACAGAAAACACACUCUGCUACACUCAACCGAGAGAAGAUGGAAACAGCCAGAAUGAAUUUCUCACCAGCAAGAAGUCCACCCCUCAGAGAUGAGCUAAGACCAGUAUCCCAGCAGAGUUUCUACCUAAGCCCACCUCCGCUCUACAUUAAGCCCCCCAAAUUCUCCCCUCCCAGAUACCCCAGCACAUCACCCAGCAGAGACACCUAUGGUGCGUUCAGCCCCCCCGCCUUCUUUCCCAUGCUUGGUCCAGGUUACACCCAAAAGGAAGGAUCCCAAAAGCGCAAAAGAACUCCUUUCAAAAUGGACGCCCAAGGAGGUGAAUCUCCCGACAGAGGAGUCGCGGAGGCAGACGAAAGCAGCAGUAAGAAGCCGGUGCACCUCUCCCACAUCACCUUCUCCCUCCCACCUCGCCCCAUUCCCUCCCCAUCUCCUAAGCCCAUCCCCGGUAUGAUCGAGCUCAACACACUGCAGCUUCAUCACAGAUCACCAGGUAUGAAUCUACCUGUGCAGGUGAAACAGGAGCCUCAAAGUCCUUCCCCUGUUUGGCCUCCCUCUCCUCUCCUCCUACACCCUUCCUUCUUCCCACCUCUCCACCACAGCUUUCUCCCAUACCCCUUCUUCAUGCCCGGCCCCGUCAUGCACCUCUCCCCUGGUUCUUUCUACCCAAGAGAGGACCUCCGCCCCGGGCAUCGCGGCCGUGACGGACCUCCUCGGGUCGGGACGACAAGUGCUGAAAAGCUCGGUCUCAACGUCCACGUGGAUGACAGUUAUUAUGUCGACGUGGGUGGAGGCCAGAAGAGAUGGAAGUGUCGCAUGUGUGAGAAGUCCUACACCUCUAAGUACAACCUGGUCACACACAUUCUUGGGCACAACGGCAUCAAACCACAUGGAUGCCACCUGUGUGGGAAGCUGUUUAAGCAGCUGAGCCACCUGCACACACACCUGCUCACCCACCAGGGCAUGAGGCCCCACAAGUGCCAGGUGUGCCAGAAGGCCUUCACUCAGACCAGCCACCUGAAGAGACACAUGAUGCAGCACAGUGAUGUGAAGCCGUACAGCUGCAGUGUAUGUGGUAGAGGUUUUGCUUACCCCAGUGAGCUUCGCGCUCAUGAGCUGAAGCACGACAAAGGACAGGAGAACGUUUGUGUGGAGUGCGGGCUGGAUUUCCCCACGCUGGCCCAGCUGAAGAGGCACUUGACCGCCCAUCGCGGCCCCACCUUGUACAGGUGUGCAGAGUGCCAGAAGACGUUCCAGUACCCGAGCCAGCUUCAGAACCACAUGAUGAAACACAAAGACAUCAGGCCGUACAUCUGCAGCGAGUGUGGGAUGGAGUUCAUCCAGUCACACCACCUGAAACAGCACACGCUCACGCACAAAGGGGUGAAGGAGCACAAGUGCCGCAUCUGUGGUCGUGAGUUCACUCUGUUGGCAAACAUGAAGCGCCACGUUCUCAUCCACACCAACAUACGGGCCUACCAGUGCCACAUGUGCUUCAAGAGUUUCGUCCAAAAACAGACCCUCAAGGCCCACAUGAUCGUCCACUCAGACAUCAAGCCCUAUAAAUGCAAGCUUUGUAGUAAGGAGUUCAACAGGAUGCACAACCUAAUGGGCCACAUGCAUCUCCACUCAGACAGCAAACCCUUCAAAUGCCUUUACUGCCCGAGCAAGUUCACGCUGAAGGGAAACCUCACCAGACACAUGAAGGUCAAACACGGCGUCAUGGACAGAGGGCUGGAUGAGAGAUUGUUUAGGCGAAGAGGGCGAUUCUGCACUCCCAUGAGCCUCCUCACCCGCUUCAGCCAAGAGGAACCGUUUGACCUUUCCCAGAAGCCCCCGGGCCUGCCCAGCCUCCGCCUCUCCCAGUCAGACGGUGAGAGCGUCCCUGGAAGCUCGUGUCAGGAGGAGGACGAGGAGAGUUUGUACAGAAGGAGCCAGUACAGCCCUGAGGUGGACCAACAUGAGCCGGCAGGCGAGGACCAGUACAUCGCUGAGCUGGAGGAGAGAGGGCAGGGGUCUCCAGCUGAGCAAAAGCCAGAGGAGACCCAGAAAGAAAUGUAUCCGCAUAGUUUAGAUGAACAGAGGGAGGCAGCAGCAAAGGGACACUCUGUAGAUCCCAGAGGUGACCAGGCGCAGCACUUACAGUCAGUAGAGACAUCCGAGAUAGCAGAACUAGAAGUUGAUCACCAAGAGCUAGACGAGCCAGAGCAAAGCAAACAGAAGAUGGAUGCAACUGAGAGAUACCAGAGCAGAUCAGAGACCGAUGAAAUAGUGCGUCACUCGCGCACAUGUGAAUUGAUGGGAGAUACGGGUCCACAGGAUGAAGAAGAGUGAUAACAAUCAGACAAAGAAAGAGUACAAGAUGCAGGUUUUAGGGAAGAAGUUUUUUUUUUUUUUUUUUACAGGAAAGUGAAGUAAAGUGUGUCUGUGUCUAACUGAAACUGAUAAUGUGGUAGCAGCUUAGAACCAAAAAAAGAAAGAUGAACAUAUCAUGUUUAUUAACUGAGCAGAAAAUAACAGUGAAGUAACUGAAAUACAAAGCUGUGAAGUGUAAUUCAUGUACAGAACAUAUCAUACACUGAUUAAUGGUCACUGAAAGGGGGAUAAUGUGCAUUUAUGGGUCGAAAAGUAUGAAUAUUUUUUGUAUGAUUUUUUUUGAGAGUGAACAAAUUGCAAAUCAUUUUUUUAGAAUAAUUUUGCAAUAUUGACUGACAUAUGCAACCUUGCUUAACCUUGACUUUGUCUUUGUCUUUUAAAUGUAAGAAUCUAUCAUUUCAAAAUCAAAAAUGUGUUAUUGCUCAAACCAUUGUGCAUGUGUUGACAUUAUCUUUUUAUUUUUGUUUGUUUGUGGAACACUUUUUUGACAGAUACAGAUAUAACAAAGCUUGAGUUUCUCAAAUUUUUAGUGUUUAAUUAAAUAAACUGUGAUUUUGUUUUUUAUGUCUAACGUUUAGAUUUUUUUAAGGUCAAUUUUGGUGGAUGUUUUAAUUGUAUGGCAGUGUAAUGGGGAUCAUCUGAAUGUGAUUCUGCUAAUAAAACAAUAAAA